CUCUCUGGACUGUGUGGCACACACUCUCACACUAUCUCUCUCUCUCACACACACACAGACACACACACAUUCAGCUUUUUGUCGACAUGAGACGGCCAGCGUCACACACACACACACACAGAAAUCAUCUGUGUUGAAUAUGUAGUUGUGGGAGUACAGCUGACGGAUCGGGGCUUCAUCCAUGGAUGUAACAUCUCCGGAGGUUUCCAGUGCGCACCGUGGAUUCAGCGGCGAUCAGAUUGCUCUUCGCAGAGGAAAUACGCCUUCCGAGCCGGAGAGCAACCAAUCAGCCGUGGCGAACCAAAGAUAAACAAGCCUUAUGAAAAGACUAAACUCUCAGGUCGACUCAGGCUGUGAGCAGCCGUGGUGAACUAUCAUGCUGGCCUGUAUCCAGAGACAGCAGAACCUCUCGUCGCAGCGUCUGGCCUGCACUCCCAAAAGCCUCGAUGUUGCUCUGCCGCCGAUCCUGCUGCCAGCACCACCGCUGCAGCCCUGCACCCGCAAAGGCGACUCAGCCUCCAUGAUUUCCCGAUACCCUUCUCCAGCGGAGUUGGACGCUUUCGCCCAGAAGACUGCCAACAGUCCACUGUCCAUCAAAAUCUUUCCGUCCGAUGUGCGGGUGCCGCAGCAGAAGCAACUCAACAAAACCGUCAACGGCUUCGACACCACAGGCCAACGCUACAGCCCGUAUUCACACCCGUGCUCAGGAGGCCACCGGGGCUUGUUGGCUGUCGUCAAAGCCUCCGUGGUGGCCAAAGGUGUGGUGAAAAGCUCCGAGGGCAGGAGGACUAAACAUGCAAAUCCCCAGGCCCCCGUGGCACCGUAUAAUAAUCCACUAAAUAUUGGCUGUGCUGUCAGACACGGGCACAAGGCCUAUCAUGUAAGUGCAUGUAAGCUCUCUGAUGUGCCCAUUGAGACGCUGUGUUCUCGUGCGGGGAUGACCUCUGGAGAUCAGAGCUUGCCCCCCCAGUCUGAGCUGGCAAAGGUUCAAAGCCUGAUGAGGCAGAUGAGCAGAGUGCCCCACAGUCAGGCCCUGCAGCUGGGUGGGGAGGCUCGAGCCAGCCCCUCUCUGCAUGCUGUGGCCGCAGUGGCACAUUCAGACUCUGACUUUGUUCUGGGAGUGCCGCCCCAGAGCAGUCUGGCAUACACAGGAGCGGUGCUACCUACGCAGAGUGCAGAUAUAGCCAAAGCUGGUUACUUGGAGAAGGGAGACUACGCAGUGUGGCAGCACAAGCAUCCUCUUCAGCAGCAGCAGCAGCAGCAGCAGUCGUAUCAGCAGGUACCAGUGAGGAUGUACAGUGUGGGUAAUGGCGCUCAGGGGCAUAGAGCCGCACAGACUGCUGUCGGUCAGUCUCCUUUGACGUGCUCCUCGCAGCUGUCUUACAGGCCGCAUCCUGCCAGUGUGGGUGCUGGGCAGGAGCGAGUCAGCGGCUCCUCUCUGAACUGUGCCCCCAUGCAGGGGGAGUUCUCUGUUGGACAGUACUACGCUCCUCUCUGGGAUAACGUUGUGGCCACCCCCAACAGUGACUGUUAUACUUCUCAGGUGUUGGCGACGGGUACAUGCGCAACCAGGCCUCGAGCCCUGGGCCUGUCCCAUUCCCAUCUCCACCCGACUCAGCAUCAGCGUCACCACCACCACCAGACGCAACUCGCCCCUCCUCUCCCGCCUCACAUCCAGGCCUACGCCACAGACCAAAACCUCUGUUGUGGGCUGCCCACGUCUAGCAUGUGCCACGCUGCAGUACUCAGCAGCAGCCUGCAGUCUCUGGAGUGCCUCAUCAGUGAGAUUCACCCUCCGUGCAUCAAAGAGCGCAUGCUGGGCCGCGGGUACGAAGCCAUGGGAAUGCCUCAACUGCUGGAGCACCACCAGCACACCCACAUGCAACUUCCCGUCUACAGAUAGGACGCGGCGCUGGCACACAGCGGGGCGGUGCAGACCUCUUAUAGACGGUGGAAGUGUGUCAGUACAUACUGUACGUCUGUGUGUGCGUGAAGGAGACAUGCCUUUAAUGUCUGUGCAUGUAGUUCAGCAGAAGGCUUUUGUGUCUACAGCCCGGAGGUAAACGAUAAUCAUGACUUUAGAUAAGUGUUCGUUUUUCCCUUGCUUUCAUUUUUUUGUGUGUUAAACGGCCAUUAAAAGAUUGCCUGCUGUUCUCCGUUUAAUUAAUGCCGAUUUUGGAGCGCCCAAUCAGAGAUUGUGUGUGAUUCUUCUGUGGCCCCUUCAUAUAAAUAUGGGAAAACUCGCUAAACUGAAGUAAUCAUUGGUACCUUUCCUUAAAAACACUUGACUCUGGUAACUGUUUUUUUUGGUUGAUAUAUGAUGUGUUUUACUCACUCGAGAGGGAACAUUCUUUUAAUUAUUAACUGAAAUUGUGGUUUUCUGUUGUUUUUACUGUGAAUUUGAUUUUUGCCGUCAUCAUGCUCAACAUAUUAAGGACUGUUGCAUUUCCAAAUCAACACUGUGGCAUCCACGCCAAGCAUGAUGAGUUGUAUUUUCUUUUCUUUUUUAAAAACAAGGUUGCGUGUGUGGACUUUUUUCCUCUCGAAUGACAAUGUCUCUUCCCCUGGUGGGUUGCGGCACUGUGACACAACACCCGGGAGCAAUGCAGUGCCAUGUUGGAGAGCUUAGGCCCACCUGAAUCAUGUACACUUGUCUUCUUUUUAGGGCUAUAUUAUCUCUGAUGGUGUGAGAUGUGUGACUGAGUAGAUCGAUGUACGUCUGCACUGGUUCUGUAAUACUAUUUAUUUAUGUCGGGCCUGUUGAGUUCCAUAGCAAAACUGUCUUUAUAAUUAUGAAGUGCAAUUAUUAUAUAUGAACAUGUGAAUGCUCUCUCCAUGAAGUACGUUGUUGAAAUAACUACAUUUUGCCCCCCCCCUUUUUUUUUGCCUCUUCUUAAUAAGGAUUGUCAAGUAAACGAAAUUUUCUAAGCCCA